AUGUUUGAAGAUGAAAAGACAGUAAGAAAUUAUCAAAUGAUGAAGAGAGAACAAAAUGAUUAAGCAGAGAAAUAUCUAUUUUCUGAAGAUCUUUGCUUGAAUUAUUUAGAAAUAUGUGUUAAAGAUAAAAUAAAGAAAGCUGCUAAAGAAGAAGAAGUGAGAGCUGAAUAAGAAAUAUUUAAGGUUAUAGUUAAAACAUCAGAUGAAACAGAGAAACACUUCAAGAUUGGUAAAAUCUUUGCUAACUUAUGCUGGUAUUGCAAGUAAUUACAUAUUUAUAUUAAUAAAGUUAGUAUUGUUUAAGUUUAGAAUACUAGUUAAGUUUAAUUGUUAAUGUGAGGAGAUUAAUUUUUAGCAAGAUUAAAUUAAAAAGAUUAAGAUAAACAGUUUAUAUUGUAAGUUGAAACUUGAAAAUAUAGAAAUUUGGCCGUAAUUAUAAACUUUAAAUUUAUGUAAAUUUGGUAAAGUGUAAGAUAUCAGAUUGAUUAUCUAAAAACUUAAGAAGAUGGAGUAUAGGUGCUCUUAAAAUAAGCUUAUGAAUUAUAAUAUAGGUUAUUUAAGGUAAGUGACAAUGAAGAGUUGUAGGAUGAUUAUGAAGAUUCUUUAUGUUUGGUAUAUUAUUUAAAGUAAUAAUACACACAAUAAAAUAUUGGUAUUUUUAAUAUAAAAUUAUUUUUUUCAUUAUAUUUUGAAUUAAUUUUAUCAUUAAAACUAAUUUUGAUAUUAAGAAUAGAUACAUUCUGAAUUAAACUAAAAAAGGUUUUAAUUUUUUGUCUCUCUUUUUUUAGCACCAAAAAGUUUUAAUGCUUUCAAAAUUAGGAGAAAAUUGGACCACAAGACCUUCAUAAGAACCUAAUAAAUUGAGAGAAUUAAUCUCAUUGUAUUACAACAAAAAUUGAAAUAUGCUCUUUAAGCGAGAGAUGUCUAAAUGAUUCCUGCUGCUAACGAUGGCAAUAUUAAAGCUCAUGGAAAAAUGAGAUCUAAUUUUGUAUUAUUGGGUAUAAAUAAAUUAAAACUUAUAAUUAGAUGCUAUUAAAAUGGAAUGUAUAAGGAAAAUUCAUUUUAAAAUUCAUUAAACUAAAGAUUAUUUAAAAUCAAAUACUCUAUAUUUCAAUGGUUCUCCUAGAUGCUAUCUAAAUAAAAAGAAUACUCCAUUCUAUUUGAUCUCCGGGGGUUUGAUGUAAAUUAGAAGGAUUAGGUUAUAAAUGGAUAACUAAGACAAGAAAUGA